AUGCCCUUCCACCAGCUCCUACCUGGCCUCUUGCUUCUGCUCUGGCUGCCUGCCAGCCUGGCCCACCAUGGCCCCCAGCUCUGGGCGGGGGCCCACCCCCACGGGACCCCACGCUGCUACUCGGCUGAGGAGCUGCCCCUGGGCCAGGCCCCGCCCCACCUGCUGGCUCGAGCUGCCAAGUGGGAGCAGGCUCUGCCCGUAGCCCUGGUGGCCAGCCUGGAGGCGGGGGGCCGCAGAAGGCGGCAGGACGAGCCCCCCGCUGGGACCCAGUGCCCAGUGCUGCGGCCUGAGGAGGUAUUGGAAGCCGACAUCCACCAGCGCUCCAUCUCGCCCUGGAGAUACCGCGUGGACACCGACGAGAGCCGCUACCCACAGAAGCUGGCCUUCGCCCAGUGCCUGUGCAGGGGCUGCAUCAGCACCAAGACGGGCCGGGAGACGGCCGCGCUCAACUCCGUGCCCCUGCUGCAGAGUCUGCUGGUGUUCCGCCGCCGGCCCUGCUCGCGGGACGCCUCGCGGGUGCCCACGCCCGGGGCCUUCUCCUUCCACGCCGAGUUCAUCCGCGUGCCCGUCGGCUGCACCUGCGUCCUGCCCAGGUCGGCCCAGUGA